UGCCAGCACGCCCAGGCACCCGGACGAAGCGUAAAGAAAUCAACAUGCGCGUGGGCACCGUGACCCUGGCGCUGGUGGCAGCGUGCUCCGCCUGGCCGACUUUCCUACCCAAGGAAAAGCUGCCACACCCCGCGCCCGGCUUCUCCUUCCACUCCAACUCCACCUCGUCCAACUCCUCCUCGUCCUCCAACCAGAACUCCGCCUCGGGCAACUACACCUCCACCGGAAGCGGCUUCAACUUCAGUCACUCUUCCUCUAACUCGUCGUCUUCCUCGGCGGACCACUCGUCGUCCUCGUCCUUCUCCGGUUUCUUCUCUGGAGGCAAUUCCAAUGGCGGAGCUGCUUUCUUUGGGAACAGUGGAAGCAAAUUCCCCUUUGAUUUCCACUCGCUCUUCGCCGGGGGUCAAGUGCCCGUCCCCGGCGCUCAAGGAUCCUCUGUCGGAAACGAGGGAGCGUCGUCCAGCACGCAGCUCUCUUCUGCCAACAGCCAAGGAUCUCCCUCACACGCACAUGGUAGUCAAGCAAGUCAAACGUCUCAGUUCGCGGCUGGCGUUUCUUCUGCCGAUGUUAGACCCGAUGGCUCUGGGUCUCCGGUAAACACACAAGAUUCUCCAUCAUUCAUCGUCACCACUUCUAACCUAAAUACGGUUACUCCAUCAAGUGUUGGUGUCCAUUUUACCACUGAUGAUCCUGCUGCGUCAAGUGCUACCGAGUCCACUGCGUACUUCAAGUCCACAACCUUUGUUCCAGAAGGAAGCACUCAUAAGUCAUUUUCUCAUCUUCAGUUUGGAGAUGAUACGAAGGUGAAAUCUGCCGACUUUGCUUCCGGCCAAACACCACAAGACCUGAUCACACAACCUGGCCCAAAAAUAUCAACAGCUGGUACUCGUGGACUACUUUCUGGUAAGGACACAUCAGCAACAAAUUCUCAAGAACUGCUAAAUGACAAAGAGUUUGGCUUUGCAUCUUUUCAGUUCCAGACGACUACUGUGAGUUUUCAGCCUGAUACUCAGGAGGCUGUCACAGCUGUCACUCCUAGUGGUCUAGAUUUACCUUUAGAUGGAUUUCAGAAGGAUCAUUUCGAUCACUCUACAGGGACACAGGGUUCCUCUAUUCAACUUGAAACUGGAUCACAGAGACACCAGAAUGACAAACACGUCUUGACUGAUGCUCAACAAUCCCAAGAUUCCCAUUCCAGAACUGAAGGUAUAGAAUAUGACUUCCAGUCAACCCAAGACACUCCAUCAACUGGCCUACAGCAACCCUCAUUCGAUUAUCAAAGUGAGACUGAAGAUUCUGGUGCUAUCUCUACAGACUUUUUGAAUGUUCAGCAAACAAAGGAGGCUCAGAAACCUGAAUUUCUGCUGAAAUCUGAUGUUUCUGAUGCCGAAAACCAGGAAGCUUCUUUCAGACUCCAAGACACCACUCAAACUUCUAGCUUUGGCUUCCCAUCCAACACAAAUCAUUUUGCAAGUGCCACUGACAGAUCUGCAGUAGGCACCGGUAGUUCCAUUUUAAAGACUGGAUCAUCAAGUGAAUACCAAAGUGCCACUAACAGUUUCUCCUCUAGCACUCAAGCACCAAUCUCAAGUGACGUACCAGCUUCACCAUCUGCUUCCCAGUUUGAUUAUGAUUAUCAUACUGAUGACUCUACUACGUUCUUGUCUACUUCCCCUGUAGUAACAAAACCAGCAUUCCCACCUUUUCCUUCAUCUGCUGGCGAUCUUCCUGCACCAGAAAUUCACCUACCAUCAACUGAAUUCCAGGUUGGAAUAAGCGAUUCUUCAGUGCAGGUCGAAGUACCCUCUUCUGGUGUUCAGUCUGAUUUUUCAUUGAGUGGUUCAGGGACAUCAGCACCUGAAUUCCAGUUUAAUACUGGCUUCUCUCUUAAUCAAGAUUACGAUACCCAGGAAUCUUCCUACAGUGAACAACCAAACACACAUUCUGGGAUCUCUGAUGUUUCUGUUAAUAUACAUGCAUUAAAAUCAGGCACCCAUAACACAAGAGAAUUGGCAUCAGGUUCUGAGCUGGUGCCAGAUAGCCCUUCCAGUGUUCAAAGAACUAUUGGAGACGAGCAAAGCAAUGUCCACAGCUCUCCUGCUGAAACGCAUGGAUUCUUUGGCCUCCAUUCUGCUGCUCUCGGUCCUUCUAUUACUACUGAGGAUCAGAGUUUCCAGACUGACCUUCCAGGUGCCAGUGCUGAUUACGACACACAGGAAGCAGCACUUGACAUCCACCAAGGUACCUUUACUUCUAUUUCUGAUGUACAGGAAAAUUCUGGUGAUUUCAACAAUAGAGACGACGAUUUUCUUUCAAAUUCGCGAGAUUCAAGCCAGGGUAAUCGCGGUGACACCCAUGGUUCUGCUACUGGAGGGCAACACUUAAUCCAUGAUUUGCAACAUGACAGAGAAGAAUCACAGUCUGGACACAAUUAUGACAUUCUUGGUCCUAGUACAACAGAACCAUCCUUUGGACUUACAUUAGCUAUUUCAGCUUCUGCGACAUCGGAUUCAAAUCAGGGUAAUGUCAACAGAGUAACUGCGGGAACUGGGGGAUUCCACGAAGACACCGAGAGAGAUUCAUCCACCGCACAUCAUGGUUUAUCGUCUGGCAACAACCAUGGGUUAAUCACUGAUGACCAAGAUCCUACCACCGGUAUUCACAGUACAGCUUUUAUUAAGUUUGGUUCAACAGUCGAUGAGGACUAUGACUUGCUUGUUGACAGUCAAGAUUUAACUACAGGAGUCCAAGGAGCAGCUACAUCUUUUGAAUUUCCAUCUACUGAUUCACAAAAUUUUGAUGUGAACGUCCAUGACCCACUUACGAAUGACCAGCUCUCUUCUACUGAUAUUCAUGCUCCAGAUACCCAUGGAUCAGAAGCAAAUAACCCACUUCUCUCAACAGACAGCUAUACAGACGAUAAAGAUCUAUUUUCAUCUACUGUUGACCAUGACUCUGACCAAACUUCGUCGGCCGACCAAUUUCUGACUGCAAGCAACCAAUUUUCCACAGACGAAAGUCAAUUAUCGUCUGACAGCGAUAACUCAGAUACAGUUAAUCAAUUUUCGACUGGAGGCAACCAGUUUUUGUCUCCAGGAAGUCAGUUUUCUUCCGCUGCCAAUCAGUUUUCGUCAGAUGACUAUGAUUCACCUGUAGACAACCAGUUUUUAUCAUCUGCUAAUUAUGAUGCCUCAGCUGCAGACAACCAAUUUUCGUCGAUAGGACAUCAGUUAUCAUCCACAACCAACCAAUUGUCUUCCUCUGACAACCAUGAAGUAGACAACCAAUUCUCAUCAGACUCAACUGCAGACAGCCAGUUUUCGUCUUCAGUCAACAAGUUCUCAUCAACAGACAAUGAACACUCUUCGUCUGAUGACUAUGACAACCAGUUUUCCUCUACAUCCAACCAGUUUUCUCCUUUUAACAACUUUGACUCAUCGAACACACAGUUCACAUCUAUCAACAGCCAAGUUCUUGGCAGCACUGACUCAGCAACAGAAGACCAAUCCUCAUCCUUCGACAAGUACGACUCAGCCGCAGAUGGCCAGUUCAAGUCUGACUCGAGCGCCCAGAUUUCACCUUCAGACAACCGCCACGCAGCCACCGGCAACCCGUUCUCCUCCGGCGGCAGCCAUGACUCACAGGUCGGCGCCCACUUCUCGGCGUCCGGCUCCCAGGGGUCCCUCUUCGCCUUCACCUCGAGCGGCCAGGCUUCCGGAUCCUCCUCGGGCUACGCGUCCCACGGGGUCAAGAGGCCCUCCUCGCUCGGCCAGAGGUCCGGGUCUGGCGUGGUCGGGUCUUCUGGCCUGACGGGGUUCAUCGUCCACCUCACCGGCAAGGGGUCAGUCCACGCCGGCUCCUGCCCGACCCUCAGGAAGGACUGCGACGCCGGCAGGAGUGCCCCGAAGACGUGCCUCAACGACUCCUCCUGCGGGCCGUCGGAGAAGUGCUGCUUCGACACGUGCAGCGCCGCCCUCUGGGUGUGCACGCCCUCCGUGGUCCCGGCGUGAGGAGGCUGGAAGGCAGACGUCACUUUCGAAAAUCAUUCUCUUCCUCGGAAACAAUUUUAAGGAGGUUGUCUGGAAAUGGGUUUGAGGUUUUUUAGUGGAUGAUCUGGGGCUUUGUUUCGUCUGACGGGGAAUUAAAAGGUUGCAGCUUACUAGGGUUUUUCCUUCACUUUUCAUUGUUAUUUUCAAUAUUAUUAUUAUUAUUAUCAUUAUUAUUUUUAUUAUUACUUUUAAUUAUUAUAGUUAUUAUUAUUAUUA